UCUAGGGUUAGGCAUCUCGUUCCCAAAACAUUCAUCAAAGUCGACCUUUCACUUUCAAGUGAAAUAGAAAUAUGAUUCAGACUGACCAGAGUGUCUGAGUGAAAACAAGAUGAUCGGAGACGUAGAGAAGAUGGUGGCGGUGGGUCUAGUGUGGGGCGCCACCAACGCCAUCAUGCGCCGCGGCGCUCUCUUGUGGGACCAAGCACUCAAAUCCACUCCAACACCAUCGCCACAACACAAAUUGCUCUCUUCCCUCAAAAACUGGUUCACUCUCCUCUCUAUCUGGCAAUACUCCAUCCCUUUCUUCAUAAACCUCUCGGCCUCCGCUACUUUCUUCGUUAUUCUAAGCCACACUCCCAUCUCUCUCACCGUGCCCGUCACCAAUGCCACCACAUUUGCUGCGACUGCCGUCUUCGGAAUGCUUUUAGGGGAAGAGACCCGCUUGGCCCACGCCUUGUUUGGUACGGCCCUCAUUGUUCUCGGGGUUUGGCUUUGUACGCAAUGACUUUGUAACCCCCCAAAAGGGGAUUUUAAAAAAAAAAAAAAAAAAUUAUGAUCCAUGUUAUUUGGGGUUUUCAAAAUGUAAAAUUCAUGUGGAUGUGGGGUUUGCAUUGUUGGGUAUUUUUUUUUCCAUUUCCUUGUCAUGUGUUUGUGUCUGUAAUAUUAAUUAGUUCCUAGCUUAUAAAUUUUUUUUGAGGAAUCCUAGCUUAUAAUUUGAGGAUAGGGAAAUAGAAAUCUGGAUCUUAUGGUUUUUAUUGAUUUGGUUGAUGAAACAAUAUAAUGGUUACAUAAACCAAGUCCAGUGCCUUUAUGUUU